UAAAUAUCCGUGUCUAAUUGAAAUUUCAUGUCAGAACGAAAGUAAACUCCGCUAAACUGAUUUGGUGACCAACACUUCAUUCAAAAAUGGUUUCCUUAACUUUAAAAUGUAUGUUGAUAUCAUUGGUGUUGUGUGUUGGAGUAGAAGCAGUGUUCCUUCCGAAUAAUUGCUUGUCUCAAUGCUUAGCCGUACAAUGUCGCAAUUCUAUGAGAGUUACAUGCACCAAGUUAUGCAAGUGCAAGUGCCGAACAGCGUGGGAAGUCAGGCUCAACAAAGAAAACUGUCCAGCACCUGAACAUGGUGGUUUCGAACGUGAUCCUACUUUUGGUUCCCAGCAUCAGCUAACCAAUUAUCCCCACUAAAUGAGAAAAUGAAAUGAAGAAGGCUGACAUUCAUUAUUUCUUCGGAUAUUGGAUUUCUGAAAUAAAAGAUAAUUGCACAGCCCA